UGCCCGGGCUAGAUCUGGGCCUGGGCUGUGUCUCUGUGUUCUUUUGCCUUUUAACCUCAGCUAGGUGUUUUGUUUCCCUGCCUUUCUCUUAACCUUUGCCAAAAGCCAGAGUUGGAGUGGGCUCUGCAGGGCAGGAUCCCUGCACUCCUCAGGCAGCCUGAACACUGCCAGGAAUUGUAUCUUGGUUUGUGUCUGGAGAAAAUACGGGAUGACGUCAGCAGGAAGAGGAGAUAGGAGAUGGCUAUCGACCUCCCUUCCCGGGAAAGCCAGGAAGACGUUUGAAUUAGCAGAACUGCAGGAGCGGAGGACUGGGGCUGGCUGUGUGUGAGUUGGCGAGCUGGACUUUGAACCUUAAAGUCAGCGGCAGAAACUUUGUAGCCUCCAGGACCCCGUGGAGCAUCAUGCCCUGGGAGGAGUAGCUGCGCCCGAGAGCCGUGCUGGAGGAGGGAGGAAGAGCAGGUCUCUCCCGUGGCCGACUCCGCUGCCCAGCGUCUUCCUCUGCCCCCGCCGUGUCCUCUCUGGUGCCGGGACCAGGCUUCCAGCAGGAGCUCUUCCCAGGGAAUGGGCAGCUGGUGAAUCAGCUGUCGCUGCUGGGGCUCAGCUGGCCGCACCAUGAACCUCCAGGCCCAGCCCAAGGCUCAGAGCAAGCGCAAACGCUGCCUCUUCGUGGAGCAGGAGCCAGCUCCCAAAGAGCAGCCGCCCCUGCAGGCGCCCCCGCAGCCCCUCCGCGCGAAGGAGGAGCAGUAUGGAGGGCUCGAGGGUCCGGCGGGGGCCGCCUCCACCGCGCAGCCCGCGGAGCUGCCGCCUCCCAGCAGCCUGGCCCUGCUGAACUCUGUCGUGUAUGGGUCGGAGCGGACCCCAGCAGCCAUGCUGUCCCAGCAAGUGGGCUCGGUGAAGUGGCCCAACUCCGUGAUGGCUCCAGGACGGGGCCCGGACCGUGGAGCAGGUGGGGGCGUCAGUGACAGCGGCUGGCAGCAGCAGCCUGGCCAGCCGCCGCCUCAUUCCACAUGGAACCGCCUGUCCCUGUACGGGGGACCCAAGGGGAGCCCUCAUCCCGGUGUGGGGGCCUCUGCCUACUAUAACCACCCCGAGGCGCUGAAGCGGGACAAAGCUGGGGCCGCGCAGCUGGACCGCUACGGAAAUGCAGUGCGGCCCAUGAUGCCACAGAAAGUGCAGCUGGAGGGGGGGCAGCCUCAGGUGCCCCUGAACUCUUUCCACGCAGCCAAGAAACCCCCAAACCAGACACUGCCCCUGCAGCCCUUCCAGCUGGCAUUCGGCCACCAGGUGAACCGGCAGGUCUUCCGGCAGGGCCCGCCGCCCCCCAACCCUGCUGCUGCCUUCCCCCCACAGAAGCAGCAGCAGCAGCAGCAGCAGCAGCAGCAGGCCGCCCUGCCCCAGAUGCAGCUCUUCGACAACUUCUACCCCAUGCAGCAGCCGCCCUCCCAGCAGCCCCAGGACUUUGGCCUGCCGCCAGCAGGGCCCCUGGGGCAGGCCCACCUGACGCACCACAGCAUGGCCCCUUACCCCUUCCCUCACAACCCAGACAUGAACCCAGAACUGCGCAAGGCCCUCCUGCAGGAGGCGGCCCCGCAGCCUGUGCUACCUCAGCCCCAGAUCGCCUUUCCCCGCCGUUCCCGCCGCCUCUCCAAGGAGGGGAUCCUGCCUCCCACCGCCCUGGAUGGGGUUGGCGCCCAACCUGGGCAGGAGCCCGCGGGCAAUCUGUUCCUUCAUCAUUGGCCCCUGCAGCACCCGCCUCCCGGCUCCCUAGGGCAGCCCCAUCCGGAAGCCCUGGGAUUCCCAAUGGAACUGCGAGAGUCCCAGCUGCUGUCCGACGGGGAGAGACUGGCACCCAACGGUCGGGAACGGGAGGCUCCCGCCAUGGGUACGGAGGAGGGCCUGAGGGCAGGAGGCACAGGGGACUGUGGGCAGGUGCUACGAGGGGGCGUGAUCCAGAGCACAAGACGGAGGCGCCGGGCAUCCCAGGAGGCCAAUUUGCUGACCCUGGCUCAGAAGGCGGUGGAGCUGGCCUCGCUGCAGAGCACAAAGGAUGCCAACUGUUCUGAGGAGAAGCGGAAAAGCGUGCUGACCUCAACUACCAAGUGCGGGGUGGAGUUUUCUGAGCCAUCCUUGGCGGCCAAGCGGGCACGAGAAGACCCUGCGCUGGUCCCCCUCAUCAUCCCAGUGUCGGUGCCUGUUCGGGCCGUGGACCCAACCGAGGUGGCCCAGGUUGGAGGUGUUGAUGAAGACGGGAGGGACCUGGAACAGCACCCCACUGAGCACAAGGCAUCAGUUAUCGUCACCCGCAGGCGGUCCACCCGGAUCCCGGGAACAGACGCGCCUGCUCAGGCCGAGGACCUGACCGUCAAGUUGGAGGGGGAGCCCUCCGUGCGCAAACCAAAGCAGCGGCCUCGGCCCGAGCCCCUGAUCAUCCCCACCAAGGCGGGCACUUUCAUCGCCCCCGCCGUGUACUCCAACAUCACGCCCUACCAAAGCCACCUGCGCUCGCCCGUGCGCCUGGCUGACCACCCCUCGGAGCGCAGCUUCGAGCUGCCGCCCUACACGCCGCCGCCCAUCCUUAGCCCGGUGCGGGAAGGCUCCGGCCUCUACUUCAACGCCAUCAUAUCCACCAGCAGCAUCCCGGCCCCUCCUCCCGUCACGCCAAAGAGCGCCCAUCGCACGCUGCUCCGCUCGAACAGCGCUGAGGUCACCCCGCCGGUCCUCUCUGUGAUGGGAGACGCCACCCCUGUGAGCAUCGAGCCACGCAUCAACGUGGGUACCCGGUUCCAAGCGGAAAUCCCCUCGAUGCGGGACCGCGCCCUGGCGGCUGCAGACCCCCACAAGGCCGACCUGGUGUGGCAGCCCUGGGAGCACCUGGAGAGCAGCCGGGAGAAGCAGAGGCAAGUGGAGGACCUGCUGACAGCUGCCUGCUCCAGCAUCUUCCCGGGCGCUGGAACUAACCAAGAGCUGGCCCUGCACUGUCUGCACGAGUCCAGGGGAGACAUCCUGGAAACUCUGAAUAAGCUGCUACUGAAGCCACCCGUGCGGCCCCUCAACCACCCACUAGCAACUUAUCACUACACAGGCUCCGACCAGUGGAAGAUGGCGGAAAGGAAGCUGUUCAACAAAGGCAUUGCCAUCUACAAGAAAGAUUUCUUCCUGGUGCAGAAGCUGAUCCAGACCAAGACCGUGGCCCAGUGUGUGGAAUUCUACUACACCUACAAGAAACAAGUGAAAAUUGGUCGCAAUGGGACUCUUACCUUUGGGGACGUGGACACAAGCGAUGAGAAGUCAGCCCAAGAAGAGGUUGAAGUGGAUAUUAAGACUUCCCAGAAGUUCCCAAGGAUGCCUCUUCCCAGAAGAGAGUCCCCAAGUGAAGAGAGGCUGGAGCCCAAGAGUGAGGAGAAGGAGCCCAGGAAGGAGGGGGAGGAAGAGGUCCCAGAAACCCAGGAGAAGGGGGAGCAGGAAGAGGGGCGAGAGCGCAGCAGGCGGGCAGCUGCUGUGAAAGCCACGCAGACCCUCCAGGCCAAUGAGGCGGCCAACGACAUCCUCAUCCUGCGGAGCCACGAGCCCAACGCCCCCGAGUCCGAGUCAGCGGGGGCCCAGGCCUCGGAGAAGCCACGGGAGGGGCCGGGGAAGUCGCGAAGGGCACUGCCUUUCUCAGAGAAGAAGAAAAAACCGGAGGCGUUUAAUAAAACCCAGAACCAGGAGAACACUUUCCCGUGUAAAAAAUGCGGCAGGGUCUUCUACAAGGUGAAGAGCCGCAGCGCGCACAUGAAGAGCCACGCGGAGCAGGAGAAGAAGGCGGCGGCGCUGCGGCAGAAGGAGAAGGAGGCCCGCGAGGCGGCGGCGCUGCACCCCCGCGAGGAUGCUGGCUGGGGCGGGUGCUGGUGCACGGUGUGCUCCGCUGCUGGGAGGGGGCCGCUGCCCCGGCCUUGCCCUCCGCCUGCCCGGCCGGGGAGGGACGCAGGGAGGCUGCGAGCGGAAGCCAGAAGCCAGGCUGGGCCGGCGGGAGCUGCUGACGAGCCCCCUGCUUCCCACCCACCUUUCUGCCGAAUAGCUUGGGCCCUGGAGGCCGCUAAGGGAGCUUAGCCUCCAGCGGGGCUCAGGCUGCUGCCGGCUCCCGGCUUGCCUCUGUCCGGCCCGCGUAGCUGCCGCUUCACCCCCAGCCCCACCCUCUUUGAUCCCCAAAGCUCCGCACCCCCCACUGCGCUGGAGAUUUCUGGGUCCUUCCCUGGGAGAGGAGGAGGUCUCCCGACUAGAUGGGACAGGAGCCUCCAUUCUUUGACUCGUGGCAUUUGGGAGCUAUUUAUUUAUUCUUAAUAUUUAAUUUUCAACAUCCUCUCAGGGACCAGGGGCCUCCGGCUUUCCAGAGGCCCAAGUGCAUUUAUCCCAAAACAAGGCACCUUCUUGACACCCCCAGCUCCCCAGGCCCUAGGGUCCCUCCCGCUGUUGCUCUGGAAAUUCUGGUCGCCCGUGGGACCGACAGCAGCACUAAGAGGCUGGGAGGGUGGAGGUGUCCCCAAAGCCACGCAGAGACUAGCAGGAGGGAGGUCAGAGGCGGUUUCUGCUGCUCCCCUUUGAAAGUGCCUGAGGGAGUUGGCAGAAGGCUGGGACUGUAGCUUUGUUUACCAGGCCUGCAUUCCAGCCUGAAGAAGCCAUAUUUGGCAUGGGACCCCGGAGUGGCGCGGCCAGAAGUUUCCGGAGGCCCCUCCCCUCGCUUGCCAGCCUCCUGGGAAGCCUGGGUUACUUUCCUGAUGCCGUUCCUGUCAUGUAGCUGUGCACAGGAAGUUCUCAGUGAAUGUGUGUCUGCCAGGCCAGCGUGUGAGGCAGCCAGGCUUCAUCCUGCUGCCGCCUAGGAGAUGGCCGAAAGACGUCACGUCAGCAGCGGCAUGGAGGGGAGUUUUGAUUUAAACUAUGCACUAUGAGUUUAUGCAUUAGUAGGGUUCGGUAAGACCCCCGUUACAAAGGUAACAAAAUUCUCCCCCCGGAUUUGUAGACAGCUACUCAGAUCUCCUGCUUCCCCAUUGGUUUUUUCCAUAGGCUUCUAUUAGGUCCUAGUCCCAAGACGCAAAAAUGUGGUGGCCCCUCAGGGAGGGCAGCAGAUGUCGGCUCUCUCCUCAUCACUUGUGUACUAUGAGUGCCUUCGCAGCUUCGCCCCAAAGUGCUACUUACGCUUCCCCAGGUUUUCUCUAUUCAUACUUGGUUUCAGGCCCCUCUGGACGUGUGAUGACAGGAGCCCUUCAGUCGCAGGAUAACAUCUGUUACCUGUUCAGUGAUAACAUCUAGUACUUGGACUUUUUUUUUUUUAGUAAGUGAUUUAACUCUUACAAGCUCACAGACACCAGACCCGGCACAUGUAGCCAAGGAAAGCCAAGGUGGUACCUGCUGGAACCAUCGCCUCAGACACCAUGUUUCAGGGGAGCCCAUGUUCAGAAUGCCUCUGUCUCGAGUGCAGUGUGGAAAAUGAGAUACAGUUGUGGCAGGUGAGCGCUCAGUAGAGCGAGCGCAGUCGUAGGUGUAUCCUUCACGGUGCUUUCUCCCUGUGAAUGUAUUAGGCUUGUCCUUUGUUGUUUCUCCCUCCUAGUUAGAGCUCUUUGCUUUACCAAGUUGAACUCCAAACAGCUCCAGCUUUAUAAUGUCCUCACACCGUCUCACUAUGUCAGUCUCCCAGCCUCUCUCUGCGUUCAGCUGGAAGGUAUGAAACCGACCCUAGUGCCUGGUGUCUAUACCAUUUCUGAGGCCUCUUACCCACCUGAGGAGACAGUGCCGUCAUUGCUGUCCUCCAUGCCUUUAGCAGACCCCUCCUGGCUGAGGUGCCCGCCCACCUCCCCUCUGAUGCCCCACCGCACGGUUGGCAAGGGGCCUUGUGCUGCUUAUGUCUAAAGGGACUCCCCGUAUUAACUGCCUCAGUGACCUGACCUCUCUCACGUGCCCGAAGUUAAGAUAGAGGAACGCAACACGUACUCAAGCCUCAGCUGUCUAAGCGUCUUCACUGGGGUUCACUUUUCUGGGGUGUUAUUUAUUAUCAGACUGGCAAGCCCAACUCCUUAGGUUUACAGGAAGUAUGCAUAUUUUUCUAAUACAGUUGUGUCUGCCCCACAUUUGGCUGUGCUACUCUUUGCCUCUGAUGAACCGUUUGCAGCUGUUUCACCUUCUUACUCGUCUCCAAGCUGAAGGCCUUGCUGGAGGGGACGGAGCACGGGAACAGCCUUGAUGGUCUGUAAUUAUUGUACAGAUAUUUUAAUAGCAUAUAAAUAAGUAUAUUCCUUUUAUUUUGAAACAAAAAUCAGACACUGCCUUUCGUGUGUUUGCUGCCUGUGGCACCCUUUUUUAAAAAGACUGUUACAUACUGAAAUAGUGUACAUAUAUAAAUAUAUAUAUAAAUAUUACCUCUUUUGCUGUACAGUUGUGAUAGACCAGAUGGAAGAUUUUAUUUUUUGUGUGCUUUUUAUAAAAAAUUAAUACACUAAAGAAUCUUGCUGAUGUGAUUGUAAUGUAUCUAUGUAACUUAUUUACUUUUGAAUGUUCUUCUGUAUCUUUAAACCUUUUAUUAAAUAAGGUUGUAAAACCUCAGA